AUGGCAGAGAAAAGCGCACGCUCUUUAUACCCGUAUGAGAGGAGGAACUUUACUGAAUUCGUCGACCAUUUUUCGUUUGCACCUUCUCAAGAAUUUAAUCUAACAUAUUUGAUAUCAACGGAAGAAUGGAAACCUGGUGGGCCAAUAUUGUUUUAUACUGGGAAUGAGGGCUUAAUUGAUCACUUUGCACAAAACACGGGAUUCAUGUUUGAACUGGCCAAAAUAUUGUCCGGCGCUGUUAUUUUUGCUGAACACCGCUAUUACGGCACAUCUUUGCCAUUUGGUAGCCGCUCUUUUUUGGACCGCAAUCAUUUCGGUUUCUUGACUGCGGAGCAGGCACUGGCAGAUUACGCCAAAUUCAUAUCGGAUUUCAAAUGUGCAAAUCGCCAAUUCAGCAACUCACCCGUUAUUUCAUUUGGUGGGUCGUAUGGGGGCAUGUUGACAGCGUGGUUUCGGCAGGCUUAUCCCAAUAUCGUUGCGGGAGGUCUGGCAUCAUCUGCACCCAUAUGGCUUUUUCCGGGGAUGGCCGAUUGUCGUGGCUUUUAUCAAGUCACUACAAGGGCCUACAGACAGGCUGGGGGUGAUACUUGUAUCUCGACUAUUCGCGAGGUUUGGUCACUCAUGGAUGAUAUUGCUGCGGAACGUGGUUUGGCUAGUCUAUCGGGUCUUUUUAAAACGUGCAGGCCUUUUCCGAACGGAGACUUCAUUUACGAGUUUACAAAAGACUAUUUGAUUACUCUGGCAAUGGCUAACUAUCCCUACAGUGCUUCUUUUCUUGGUAACCUUCCCGCGUGGCCUGUGAAGGUAUGCAGUUUUCGAAUUUCCUACGUAGAAUACAUUCGAUCCAGUGAAGAAAAUUGCCUAUCGUUUGAUGGUAACUCCACAAACCUUGAUGCCAAGGGCUGGGAACUGCAGACAUGUAUGGAAAUGACAAAUCCAAUAUGCUCUGACGGCAAAUCCGACAUGUUCAAGCCAUCUACGUGGGAUCCAAUUGAAUUUUCCAAUGCCUGCCAAAGGAAAUUUGGUGUGAGACCACGUAUGGGUUGGGCUGGUGUCCAGUGGUGGGCCAAGAAUCUCUAUACUGUCACCAGGCUAAUCUUUAGCAACGGAGACCUCGACCCUUGGUCGGCGUUCGGGGUGUUGGAGAAAGAGUUAGUGCCGGGUGCAACGGUGGUACGCAUCGCCUCGGGUGCGCACCACCUCGACCUGCGUGGAAGCCACCCUAACGACACUGCGGAAGUGCGAGCUGCCCGCAGCCUCAUCACCAACCACAUCAACUCCUGGAUCAAUGCGUGGCACCGCGAGGCGCAUCCUCUGUACUGCCUCGAUUUCUAA